AUGGAAGACCUCGUAGAGCAAAUCCUUCUCCGCCUCCCGCCGAAAGAUCCCGCGUGCCUCGUGCGCGCUUCAGUCGUCUGCAAACCCUGGCGUCGCCUCGUCGCCGGCCCCGCCUUCCGCCGCCGCUACCGCGAGUUCCACCGGAGACCUCACCUGCUGGGCGUCCUCCAAAUCCUGCAAGGUGAUGAACCUUACUACUCCCGAUUCGUCCCCACCUCCGUCUUUCGCGUUGUGGAUCCCGUCCUUCCAUGUUGGUUGGUUGUCGACUGCCGCCACGGCCGGGCCCUGUUCGCCACCACAAACCCGCACAUCGAGGGGACCUUGGACCUCGUCGUCUGGGAACCCAUGACGGACGACCAACGCCGGGUUCCCCAGCCCUCGCCGGAGCCGGAGGACUACGUCGACUACGCAGCGGCGGUGCUCUGUGCCGCCGAAGGCUGCGACCACUGCGGCUGUGAGGGUGGGCCCUUUCUUGUGGCCUUCGUAUCCACCGACAAGGGGAAGGGGGUGACCUCCGCCCGCCUGUACUCCUCGGAGACCGGCGCGUGGAACGAGACCACCUCUCUUCAUCACCCCGAGGCCAAUGCCCACUUUGCGGCUAGCGUCCAUGUGGGAGACGCGCUCUACUUCCGCGGCAUCGGGAAUUACACCAUCGAGUACCAACUUACUACAGCCCGCUUGUCCGUGUUGGAGGCGCUGGCCAAGUGUAAUGGGAGGCUCGUGACAAUGGAGGACGGUGGCCUGGGAUUUGCCGCUGUGGAUAACACGAUCAUAACCCUGUGGGCAAGGGAGACUGGCCCUGAGGGCGCAGAGACAUGGACGCAUCGCAGGGUAAUCGAUCUCAAGACGCUGCUUUCUGAAGAUGCCCUCUCACACUGA